AUGGAAAAACGAAAACUGCAUGACCUCGGGGAGAAUUCGAGGAAGGCGCAGCAUGAGUUCAACGACAAGCGACUACGGUACUCGUUCAAUAAGGCGGACGGUAUGGCAGACGCUCGCAAGGCAGAACAGAAUCUUACACAACUUGAGAACAGGGUUGCCCAGGCGCUCGUCAAAUUCAACUCUGCCAACGAUGAGAUUAACAAAGUGAAAGCGACCAUCGAUAAACAUCGCAAGGACCGCCUGUCUAUGGAGAAGGUAUAUAGACAAGUGUCGCGCGAAUUGUCUGACCAAGCUGAUCAGUUGAACGAAGUGAAAGAGAAAGUCGCACAGAUGCAAGAAUGGGAACAUCAGACAACGAAACGCAUGGAAGAGUUAGCAAAGGCUCAAGACCAAGAGAGAGAAGAAUUCAAGGAAAAGUGCCUGGUAAUGCAGAAGGAACUACGGGCGCAGGAUCGUCUGAUCAAGGAGUUUGACAUCCGAGCACACAGAGAAUCUUCCAACCUGCGCGCACAGAUGAAGGGAAGUCCGUAUAAUGUCGCUGAAGAAGAGCAAAAUUUCAACCCAGAGGGUCUCAUGAAACUAAUCUUGAAAACAGCUCUUCUCAACGCUGUUCAGCGUCAUAGCAUCAAACAACACCGGACGAAAAUUGCCGUUUUUGAGCGAGCUAUGGAAAGCAUUAAAACAUCGACGGGCAUAUCGGACCCAGAAGAGAUCGUGGCCAUUUUCUCGCAGCUCGAGGAACGGAAUUACAGCAUCAUGACCUACGUGAACACCUUGAACUUUGAGUUGGAGGCAGUGGAAGCGAAAACACGGGAGCUCGAGUCGCACAUUCAGCAACAUGCUCAGCACGAGGCGAUUGCUCUGCAGGUAACAGACGCGUCGCUGCGUGACGAGGCUGCUCAAAUCUCGAAAAUGCUGUUCGCGACAGCCGGUAAAAAUGCCCUCGUUCAGCACCAACUUCACUGCCUCGCCCAAACGCACGAGAUUCUAACCGAAGCCACAACCCUCGUUGGCCAGAUCUGGAAAGGCCCUGUCUGCUGUGACGAGCCUCCACCUCCGGGGACAGCAGAGGAAUGCGCCGCCGUCGCCAGUAGACAGACUGGAGUCGCAGGCUCUCGCGGUGCAUCGCCAACCGCCCGUCGCGAUUGCUCCCACGGGGCGCCCGACGGGGCGUCUUCUCAAGGAUCCUGCGGCAGUGGAGAAACAAGAAACAUUCUCCCUCUCCUUUGGUAUCUCGAAAAGUUUAUCUUGGCGAACCAAGGCAACCUGCUCGCCGCGGCGCGGUCCCCCGCCCCACCCGAAGUCUCCAACGACGUCGACUCUCCUACAGCGCCUGGCCCUCCACCCUUGCCCGGCGCUCCGCACAGCGGGAACUGGGCUCCAGGAGGCUCCAGGGGUCAGGGAUUCGCUUCGCCAUCGCCGGAGCCUCGCCUUCUGUCUCCCAGCACGUUUAGGCCCCCAGGCACCGGGACAGGACAUCCCAUUGGUACGCCAAGCCGAAGAACCAUGUGCACCACUCCCACCGCUUCAAAUUCACAGGUUGGUGGUACCGCGUCUUUCAAGGGAAGUGGUGCUUCUUGUGCCCCGCUCCCCGGCCACCCUGGCGCCUCGGGAAACUCGGGGGGACCCGCCGCACUCUCUGGAUAUGGGGGCAGUCGCAGCCCGCCAGUCAGCAUCGACCCACGAGAAGAGUUCCGAACUGGAGGCUCCAGUGAUCCGCCUCGGCCUGUGGGAAGCGAGGAAGGCAUCCGACGCAAAGGGGGAGGAAUGCGCGGAGCGCCCAAGUGUCGGGGGGACGUGGGAGGCGAACCCCGAGUCUCAGACCCUUCCCAGUCGCAUGCAGCCGACUCGGGAGAGGGGCUACAGCCAGGCGGUGGAGCACCCCGGGGGGAGUGUGGGUCGUCGCCUGAAGGGGGGUUGCCGACGCAUGGACGCGGAGAAGACGACAGCGAAGACGAUCACUGUGGGCUAGGGACCGAUGGGGCAAGUAGCGAUGCGUGGAUCGCAGACCGGCCGUUGAGUAUUGGCGAACUUCGGGAACGGACGAUUCAUGCACUGAACAAACAAAGAAGGAAAAGAGGCGAUGGCUCUGGGGCGCCGUGUCUCUCCGAGAAAAUGUGUCUUCUAGCCACCCCCGCUCUUGAUCCUGCAGGCAGCUGUUCCCCUAGGCAGCAAGCAGACACGAAGCCGAGCAUCGACGGAGAAGGCCGGGACGGAGUGUCUGCGGCUUCGACGCCGGGAGGCGGAACGCACGGCUCUCGUCGAGCCCCGCGCAGUGGAAGCGCCUACGCCAGAUCGCACAGAGGGCUGUUCCUCCCGCGGUCGCGAGGAAAGGAGAAAGUGUUUGUGCAACUGUCGAAGAAACGAGCAGGCGAGCGCGCGCCGGCAGCCGGGGGCUCCACCACGGAGACUCGAGAGAUCCCCCCGAAACCUCUGGCCGCAAGCACGACCCAAAUGCGGCGGAAAACGGACGCGCCUCGUGAGAACAGAAGUCGCGACUCGGGCUUCAGGAAACGUGCGUCCGGGCCGACACUGCCUGCGAAACCGUCAAAAUCUGAGGAGGCAGCGAGGAGCCGCGAUGAGCCUGGAACGAACGCCCUGGGAGCGGAGACAGCCGACGCGCCGCAGGCGGAUAGCGCCGCCUCGCGAAAAGUGGCCACGCAGGAGACAGGGGAGGAAGUGGAACAAGCAGAGGGGCCACAAGCGACACCAGAAGAGAAGAACGGUGGGGACAAGGGAACGGACGCAGCGGACUCAGGGAGAGGCCAGGAGGAGGGACAAGCUCUCGAAAGAGAAGAAAAAGGAGACGAAGACAGAGGGCUCGAAGAAACGGGUCCGCGAGCCCACCCGGCAUUGGCCAGCGAAGUCGUUGCAGAUCACGAAGAGGAACAAAAAGGAGAGAGAGAGCGAGAGGGACGAAGUCCGCAUGCCGCUGUCGGACAUUCAGGAGAGGAGGAGAUGGCGCCGUCUGUCACUGAUGAAGACGACAACAAACGAAGCCGCGCAAGAAAAGAAGAGGUCGGCGGAAGAGACGACCUGGAGGGCAGUUCAGAAGCGCAGGAAGGAAGCAGACCUGACAGAAAGUUGGAGCCCGAACAAGUUCGAGAGGAAAGACGUGAGGAAUUUGGCGUCGGGGAAACGUCUCGGAGUGUGGAUGGCGAGCGUCUCGAACCCGCAAGUGAAGCGAAUGCAGAUGAGGGGCGUGCGCCUGCCAGAGGAGACAGCGCCAGCGAAGAGAGGAGCGGCGUGCCGCUGAGGUCACCAGCCUUCGAGACGCAAAACAGUGCUCCUUCGGACACUUCGCCGUGCGAACAGCGCAGAGAGUCUCCACGCUCCUCUCGCCAUGGCUCAACAGAGAACCUCGCAGAGCUCUUUGAGCGCAUCGAGAGCUUGGGCCAAGAACGCGGAGACGACCAAGGCGACAACGGGGUUCGAGAGGGACGGCGUUGCGCCAGCACUCUCCAGGACUCGCGACACUCGUCUGAAGACUCAAGCGCGAAGCCACCGCGCCUCACUCGAGAGACGGCUCCCCGCCCGACGGAAGCGCUGGAGAGGUCUCGACCUGCCUCGAACCACAGCGAAGGAGCAAAACGCGAAGACGGGAUAAACUGCAGUUCCGCUGGGCCAUCGGAAACGACGCCGUCUCCAACCCCUCCACCGGCACCGCUCCCACUGCUUACACGGGCCACGGAACUUGAGGGCGGGGCGGGCGGAGCACCAGCCCUGUCCAGACGCAGUACCGCGAACCUUCCGACUCACAUCGACGCGGCUUCUGAGAGCGCCGGAGGUCAAGAGGAUGCGCCCGCUUCUGCUCUGCCGCAGUCGCAGCCUGGUCCCGACCAAACAGAAGAUGCGCAACACCCCGAGGCAAGCGCGUCCCCGGCGGCAGCGACGGAGUUGUCCGACGCGUCUCAACGAAGGCCUGGCAGUCGCCCGGUGACGCCCACGGCGUGGCAUCCAGGCGUGUGGCCACGAGAGACCCUGUCAAGCGGCGACCGUAGCCGCCUCGCCAGUGCUGGAGAGUCAGUCCUCAGUUCCUACGAGGGCGAAGAUCGGGCGGCGAAGAUGCAGCACUUGUCUGAGAACCUCACACUGUGUUCGCGUGCCCGUCAAGGGGACACUGGCCCGAUCGCCGCCUUCGUUCCUGGCGACUUGGACGCUGAGCUACAGGCGACGGAGCCGGCGGACGAGAGCAAAGCGGAGACGGCAGUGGACGAGGCCGAAGAGGGAACGUGCAGCGAAGGUGGCGCGCAGACCGCCAGCGCCGUUGCAGACGAGAAGGAAGGGAGAGAUGGGCGUCCUUUCGUGACGCUCCCGGCAAGCUUCCAGAACCUGGCCUUGGCACGACGCACGCCCUUGAGACCUCCGUUUUCGGCAGGGGCGAGAGGCUUCAUCGGCGCAAGUCCCCCCGCUGCUCGUCCGCUGUCUCCGCGCCCCUUUUCCAGUCCGUUGCCCGGAGUCGCGCCGCAGCUUCCAACAGCCUUCGGUUUGCCGCUGCCCAGGCCCUCUGGCCGGCCCCGGAUCGCGCUGCAGCGGCCUCAGCAAGGACCCGACGCAGAGCGAGAAGACGGAGCGAAAGCGAGCGCGUCGGAAUCCUCCCCUCCGUCGCCCUUGGCGACGAACGAGGAGUCGCCGGCCGAGGUGGCGCCUCAGGACGGGGGACGGUUCGUCGCGGCGUCGCCAUGCACUUUGCCUCGUCCACGAAUCACAUCAGGUGAAGCAGAGAUAACGUCAGAGGCCCGGGACACGGCAGCAAGUCGACCUGGAUCUCGCAACGGCGAACGAUAUCUCCCUGUCCCGGAAAGGGAACGAGACGCGACUGAGUGUGGGACCGAUCCCCAGGCAGGAGGCAAGUCCUCCCCUGCAGAGAAUCGAGACUCCGUCGCUCUUCCUUCCUCGACGAUUCGGUCGCCGACACCACUUUUAGGCGCAGAGGCCGCGGGGACCGCGCCGAAACCGUUCCCCCGCCACGAGCCGCUGUGUGUAGCGCCAGCGCCGUUGGGUGGCGCGAGCGUGGCCCGCGGGCAGGAAGAUGAGAACGAGGAGUCGAGAAACGAAGAGACUGAAGAAGAAAGGACAGAUCGAAGAGGAGACAACGAGCAGACCAGCUCUGUUGAGGGGCGCGGCGGCGAAGAAGAAGGCACGGAAAGCGCAAGGAAAGGAUCGCCCCGAGAAUUCGGAGCACAAACCCCACUAUCGCCGUACCGAGAGCGAGAGGCAGACCUGACGGAAUCGCCUCGUUUGUCAAUUGCCGCUUCGUCUCCUUCGCCCGCGUCUUCUUCAGGGGAUCAGCAUGAGCGGUUACCAAGGGUACCGGAGUCGCCCAACUCGGAUGCAGCGCCUCCGGAAUCUUGUCUGGGUGGUCUGUACUCCUCAGAUGCGGCCUCCCCGUGUCUACAGGCGGGCUCUGCUCCCGGUUUCCCGAUCCAAUCGCCUUCGUACCGCUCUCACACGACGUCUGAGACAGCGCCUGAGCGGCGUCCCCUGUCCGACCCUCCAACGGAGCCUUCCGAGAGCCUCGCGAGGAACGACGGGUUCAGCCGGCGGACCAGGAGGCUGCAGAUGCCCAGCAGCUGCUUCCCCCCGCAGACGGCGCACAUCAGCCUGCUUCAUUCGCCAGUGUCGACUCGCCACGUCUCUGAACGAGAAAGCCUCGGACAGGCAAACGCCAAUCAAGACGAAACCGGGAGAGACAGCGAUGGGGCCAAUGCAUUGGGCAGUCCCCUUUCUGACUGCGGACCACGCGCCCGUGAUGCACCAGGACGUGAAGGUGAGCAGCGCGUCUCUGGCGGGCCUCAGAGGGAGAUUUUUAGCGCCUUCUUUCAUUUCCCGAACGCCCUGCCAGUCCGGCAAUGCUAUACACCUGGGACACCGCCUAGCCGUUCGAGAGCCCCCAGCGCACUGGCCGAAAGAGACGAACCAGGGAACGAGGGGACAGUUGUGGCCGAGACGGUCUUCGACGGCAGAAGGUUCACAGCUAAGGUCCGUCGCGUGCAUGCAGAAGAAACACACGGGGAGGAUGAAUGCGAGGAAGAGAGACCGGACGGCCAAGACGAUGCGGGAGAAGAGACGAUCGAACAGGAAGAUGCCAAAGAGAAAACGAACCAAAAAGAGGAGCAGGACGAACAGCAGGAAGACGGAGGGGACAAACCAGUGACAGGACAAGGAGAAGCAUAG